GGGGCAGUGUGCUUUUCUGCCGACGCGACCGACUCGGCGACCAUGAUGGCGACGCAGCACCGGGCCGACGACAAGAUGAACGCCCGGAUCGAGGACCUCGCCCUCGAGAUGCAAGCAACGCUCGCCCGCCUCGGCGCCUCCACCGAGCCAUCGAACCAGGACGACGAGGACGACGAGCCUCCGAGCGAGCUCGCGGUGAGCCUGCCCGAAUUGAUCCACCGCAUGCAGGCCAUGGUCGAGGUCAUGGAGCGCCAGACCGAAAUGUACGAUGUCAUGAAGGCGCGCUUGAGCUACGUGCCCAAUGACACGGACAGUCGCGACUCGCGGUCCAGCCUCUGGCUCAACGACGCGGGCCGGGACAGCGUGUAUACUGGCAGUCGGGGCAGCCUCGUGGGCUACUUUGACAGCUCGCGCGGCUCCGAGUCGUUCCACAGCUCGCGCGGCUCCGAGUCGUUCCAUAGCUCGCGCAGCUCCGAGCCGUACUACUCGCGCCACUCGGAAAAGCCGAGCCGCAUUCCAUUUGCGCAGUCGAGCUCCAUGUCGUCCCUCGACACGCCGGAAGAGGAGCCGCGCCAGUCGUUUUCCUACAGCGAAGCGUUCAAGCGGCCGGCCUCCAGCGUCCUCACGCGGCAGCGCAGGACGUACCAAAAGACAGCACCGGUCACGGUCGAGAGCCUCCCGACGCAAGGCCGUCGCCGCCUCGACGUUGUCACGCCUGUCGCCCCGCUCAUCUCAGGGGCCAAGUCCGAGUACUCGGUGCGCUGGGCGUCCGGCGACCUCGGUAUUUCGCUCAACAAUUUUGCGUCCGACGGCCGCGGCUUGCAGAUCUCGAGCCUCGAGCGCUGCGCGUCAGGUGUCGCCGCCGGCAUUGGCAACGCGCGCCUUGGCGACGUCCUUGUCUCGAUCAACAAGGAGGUCGUCGAACACCUUCCAUACGAAACGAUCAAGGACGUUUUAAAGAAGACGCGCCGGCCCCUCGUGCUCGGCUUCCGGUCGAAUCCGAGCUCCGUGACGUCGCCGACGUCGGCCAAGCGGUAUGCGAGCAGCCAAAAGACGUUUGAAGAAGAGGUGGGCAGCAUGAGCGCGCCGACGCUCUUCAAGGACGAACCGUCGCUCUCGAUGGCAUCGACUGUCGACUCGGAGGCGGACGAGCUUGAAGACUGGCUGCGGCGCCAGGACGCCAUGCACAGCGAGCUCGUCCUCCUCCUAACCGAGACGAUCCAGCGAUGCGAGUCGCUCAAGGAGGAGAACUUUGACCAGCUCCAGCUCAUGAUGCAGCGCUCCAUGAAGCGGCGCAACUCGACCUUCCUUCGACGGGAUUCGCGCGAUUUCUAGGUGUACCAUAGUAACAAGCUGUCAUUUUUCGAUUCGCCAUAGA